AUGUUUGAAAUGUUAAUCCUACCGAUCUAUGAAACGUUUGGUCCUGUUGCUACACCACUAUACGUGGUCGUUCUGCCGAACUCACCCUGCCUGACCAAAACCAAAGCCAGUUCGAAGCAGCGUAAACAGCAUGCCAAGCAACAAACUGUCCUGCCCGAUGAAGAUUCGGCCAAUCCAUGCCUGUCAGAUACGGAUGUGGCUGCCCUUGCUGGGGCAGAAUGUGUUGAGAUCCAAAAUCAGAUGGAACCGGAUUCCGAAGUCACUCCCACUUCGGAUAAUGUCCCGGCGGUAACCACGGAGCAAAUUGAGGAUAAUUCUCACACUGCUCCUGCCCUUUCGGUCGAACCCGCACCUUUUGUUCCUACUGUACAUUCGGGUGAUGUGGUUUACUUUGUGAAAGACGACCCGGAGCUGACGAUACCUGUAUUUUACUCGCAACUUGUUCAGAUGAAGGGGUCGGAUGCUUCUUGGGUGAAUGACACGGAACCGCCACCAGAAGUAAGUCAUUGUCGUUGGCAGUGUAGUUACGUCUCUCCUUUAGCACAUAAUUUCACCUACUUUAGCUGGCUUAUUGGAGAGGAUGAGCCAGCUUGA